CAAAGCCAUAUAUAGUCAAUGCAAGAGAUGCAUGCUUGCUCUUUCUAACUUCAACAAAGUAGAAGCAAUGAAUGUCUCUUUCCUUCCUUCCUUCCUUCCUUCCUUAAUUCCUUCCCUUAGGUCUCCCCCGUAUCCUAUAAUGACAGGUAUAAGAGUUUCUGUAGUUUUCUUACUCCUCACCUGUUUGACAUGGCGAGCCGUAGCUUGGUCCAAUAAAGAAGGAGAUGACUAUGUCAAAGAAGCAUGUAAUGUGACCCAUUACCAAGAUCUCUGCAUCCAUUCACUAUCACCCUUUUCUAACUCAGCCAAAAGAGACCCUCAAAAAUGGGCACGAGCUGCUGUAUCAGUCACAGUGGGUGAGGCUAAGAUGGUCACUCAGUAUUUAACCAACCAGAAGAAAGAUAGGUUUCUAAGAGGGAAUAAAGAGAGAUUAAUGGCUCUCUCAGACUGCAUUGAAUGCUUUCAGGACUCUCUGGAUAAUCUUCACAAAUCACUUGGAGAGCUAAGGAGCUUGAAUUCCAGUACCUUCGAUGGGCAGAUGGAGAAUGUUGAGACAUGGAUGAGUGCUGCUUUGACUGGGGAGGAUACCUGCUUGGAUGGCUUCAAUGGUUGUAAAGGGAAGGAAGUGAAAUAUCUCUGCAAUGAGGUUUUGAAUGUCACUUACUUGACAAGUAAUGCAUUGGCUUUAGUGGACAAGCUCGCAUCGGUUGGUGCAGUGGCCUUUACUGGUCCAUAAAAGUUUUUGCUCAAAGAAUAAAGAAAAAUAUAAUGAGAUAAAAGUAAUGAUAAAUUUACGUAUUCUCUCUCUUUCUUUUUAUUUCAUUCCAAAUAUACCCUAAACCCUCUCUUCAUUUUAGGGUUUUGUAAGAUCUUUUAUG